CCUGUUUUUCUCCCACAUCUUUCGUCCUCAUAAUUUUGUCCAUCAGAGGUUGAUUUUAUUUUCGCCGUUGUUUUCUCUUGUGAAAACAUUACUUACUUUUACUUUCGAUCGACAAAAAAGACGACCAUGACAAUCCAGAGACGAACCUUGCAACCCUGUUGGGUGAUCUUCCUGCUAAUCUGCUGUACCAGCACUGUGUAUGGGCGAGCGGGACGCAGGAUCACUGUGGAAGACGAUAAGAGUGGCCUGGUCCGUGGUGGAAACUUCUUUGACAGUGCCACCACCACUACAACCUUCCCGUCGUAUCGAGGCGCGGGAUCAGCUACACGAGAAAGCAGACCAACCUUUUGGGAUGAAACAGCAGAAAACCGUGGAAUAGAGGGAACAGAUGAUGGAAACUUGGACGACGAUGACGAUGAUGGCUCGAAUACCAAUAAUAUCGUGGAAAAUGAUGGCUCAAACCAAGCCGCCGUGGUCGAUCCUGAAUUGAAGGCGUGGUACGAAUUUGAAGCUUCCAAUGCGGCUUCGGAUAAUGGGGAUGCGUAUGAUGAUGACGAUGACAGCAACAGCAGCAGUGAGGUUGACGAUGAUUUGGCAAGCUCGGAAUACGACGACGACGAUGAUGCCAGUGAAUUGGGAGGAGACGACGAUUACAGACCAGCCUCGUCUUCACGACGAUCCAAAGUGGUAAGAGGAGUCCGUACUUCCAGGAGAAGUGCCAGCACCAAAAAAUCCAGCAGAAGUGCCAGAUCCAAAAAGUCUCGCAAAAUUGCCACUCCGGUGCGAGAGCGACAACUCAAGUCAUCCAUGAUGAUGAUGAACAUGAUGAUGAUGAUGAUGGGAAGUAACAGCAUGAUGAUGAUGAAUAUGAUGAUGAUGCAACCUCCUCGUAAUCCCAUUUUCUUUCCGACACCCAACAUGAUGAUGAACAUGAACAUGAGGAUGAUGAUGCGACGACGCAGAAUGAGGAUGCGAAUGCGCAUGACACGAGCUCCCAGCAACACUUCGCCGGCUCCUUCCGUGUCAUCGGCCCCCUCUUCGAAUCCUACCAUUAGUAGUGCCCCCUCCAUCUCCCGUGCUCCAUCCAAUCCACCCACCACCUUGGCACCCUCCACAUCCACGCAACCCUCCACGUCGCCCUCCGUUCCCACUCCCGGUCGUACACGACCCCCUCGACAACCCAUGCGGAUGCGCAUGCGAAUGCGCAUGAACAUGAACAUGAUGGCAAUGAAUAUGGGUCGCCCCAAUAAUGGAGUCCCUCUUGCCGUCCAAGGAGCGCUGGAAUACACGUUCUUUUCCGGCACGGGGAUGAACCCCACCAAUGCCGAAAUCAAUUCGCUCGUGGAUGUGACCGAAGACUUUUACGAAGAUCUAUUCGAUACCCGCCCAUUGACCCGCAAUGCCGUGUCCAACUUUCAAAUGGGCAAUUUGCGCGCCCGAUAUGCUCCACGAGGAGAUUUGGAUCGAUUCAUUUUGCGAUUUGAUGCGCAAAUGUACGUACCGUUUACAUCGGGAAUAUCGUCCGAUGAUGUUGCCCGCAUCAUGGCCAAUGCCAAUUACGAUCGAUACAUUUCGUAUUAUGUCUACGAGACGGAGCCAUUUACGCAGAAUAUCUUUUUCGAGACCAAUUCCGUGGAUUUUGAAGGACGGGGAGUGUCGUUUUUUUAGAAAACGAAACGAAGAAAUAGUAGGAUUAAAAGACACCUACAUUAUUAGAGUGCAUGAUUACAUAAAAAGAAGUUUUUCCAAAUC